CAAAUAGUACGUGAUCCGUGGUCAGUCAGUUCAGUACAGUAACUAGUACUUCUUUGUUAUUAUUCAAUCAUUAUAGAUCAAUAUAUUUAAUAAUAGAAAAUAGUAAAUUUAAAAAUGUUUUAAGUUAAGAUCGUUCAACAGACAAUCUUUACAUACUCCUUUUACCUGAAAUUAGCCGAUAUGGAGAUAAUAAGGCGUAGUUUAUAUAAUUGUAGACGAUGUUCACACAGUGUAGGUUCUAUUGGUCUGCGGUGCAAAUAUAGUGUAAAGAAAGAACUGGAUGAUGAUGGUCCAUUCCCGAGGCGUGUGGUGGCCGGGCUGCAGCCCACGGGCGCGCUGCACAUUGGGAACUACUUUGGGGCGCUGCAACGCUGUGUGGAACUGCAGGACAAAGGCGAUGACCUCAUGAUCUUCAUUGCAGACUUGCAUGCACUUACUACCUAUCAGGAGCCGGCGGCCCUGCAAGAGAACAUCCUCGACCUGACGGCGAGCAUGCUGGCGGCGGGCGUGCAGCCGGCGCGCAGCGUGCUGUGGGCGCAGUCGGCCGUGCCGCGCCACGCCGAGCUGUGCUGGCUGCUGGCGUGCCUCGCCACGCACGCCCGCCUCGCGCAUCUGCCGCAGUACAAGGAACGCGUGGAAGCGCACAAAGAGGUAGGGAUGGGCCUGCUGCUGUACCCCGUGCUGCAGGCGGCGGACGUGCUGCUGUACCGCGCGCGCCGCGUGUGCGUCGGCGCCGACCAGCUGCAGCACCUGCAGGUGGCGGCGCAGCUCGUGCGCACCUUCCACCACCGCUACCGCCGCGUGUUCCCCGUGCCGCGCGCGCUGCUGCCCGACGAUGGCAGCCAGCGGUUGAGAAGUUUGCGAGACCCCACAAAGAAGAUGUCCAAGUCAGAUCCGGACCCCAAGUCGCGGAUACUGCUCACAGACCCCGAUGACGUCAUCACCCUUAAAAUCAGGAAGGCAGUCACCGAUUGCAAUCCUCAGGUGACGUACGCGCCGGAGGAGCGGCCCGGCGUGUCCAACCUGGUGCAGCUGUACUGCCUGGCGGCCGCGCGCCUGCCCGAGGAGGCCGUGGAGGAGGCGGCCGGGCUCUCCACGGCGCAGUUCAAGCUGGAGGUGGCGCGCGCGCUGUGCGACAAGCUGCGCCCCGUGCGCGAGCGCUUCCUCGAGCUGCGCGCGCGCCCCGACAUGCUGCGCGACGUGCUGCGCGCCGGCGCCGCCACCGCGCGCCUGCGCGCCGACGACACCUUCGGGCUGGUGCGCGAGGCGCUGGGGCUCGCCGCCACCGCGCCCGACAAACACACCAAAGUACUUCUCAAAAAUUAAAUAUUUAACAUCGUU